UACACAUUGCAUGCAUCAAGUGAGUAGGUAAUGUAGGGUAGGAAGGAUCCCAAGCAGUGAAAUGACGUGUAGGCAAAAUAUAGUGUAAAAUAUUAUACACGACCAGUAGAAAAAUACAUCGCACCGCAACAGUAAACAAGGGAUAUAAUUCAUAAACAUGGAUGUGUUUAAAAAGCUGAAAAUGUCGAAAAAGGACGCAGGCGCUGAGUGCAUACCCUUGAGAUCGAAGGUGGAAAAAAUUAAUAAAGUACAAAGUGAAGUUAUUACACCGGGAACCAGCGGGGUUUUCAGACAGGCAUCAUUUUCAACUGGUGACCAACCAUAUAAUAUAUCACCGUUUUCGUCAUUCCAUAAUAUCUUCACACGCUCUUUGAGCAAUAGGUCGGGUGGCAUCGGAAGUUUAUUCACACGCAAAAUGGCGACCAGUGUUAAUCCUCCGUGUCCGUGGUCGAAUAGUCAAGAUGACUAUGAAAUUCGGGAUGUUAUUGGGGUUGGAGCCACCGCAGUUGUAUACUCAGCUCUCUGCAAGCCUCGCAAUGAAAAGUGUGCAAUCAAAAGAAUUAACUUAGAGAAAUGGAACACAUCUAUGGAUGAACUGCUAAAGGAAAUACAGGCUAUGUCCAGUUGCAAUCACGUAAAUGUGGUCACAUAUUACACAAGCUUUGUUGUCAAUGAUGAGCUGUGGUUGAUUUUGAGACUUUUGGAGGGCGGCAGUCUCCUUGAUGUAAUCAAACACAAGAUGAAGGUUUCAAAUUGCAAGCACGGUGUCUUUGAUGAGGCCACUAUUGCAACUGUGCUCAAAGAGGUGCUAAAGGGACUGGAGUAUUUCCACAGCAACGGACAGAUUCACAGGGACAUAAAAGCGGGUAACAUCCUGCUAGGCGAAGAUGGUACGGUACAAAUAGCAGAUUUCGGUGUGUCUGCCUGGCUCGCUACAGGCAGGGACCUUUCCAGGCAGAAGGUCAGGCAUACCUUCGUGGGCACACCGUGUUGGAUGGCGCCGGAGGUUAUGGAACAGGAUCAUGGUUACGAUUUCAAAGCAGACAUCUGGUCGUUCGGAAUCACGGCAAUAGAAAUGGCCACGGGCACGGCCCCCUACCACAAGUAUCCGCCAAUGAAAGUGUUGAUGCUCACACUGCAAAAUGAUCCCCCAAACUUGGAUACAGGUGCUGAUGAGAAAGAGCAAUAUAAAAUAUAUGGGAAGACGUUCAGGAAAAUGAUCGUCGAUUGCCUCCAAAAGGAUCCCUCAAAGCGUCCGUCCGCGACGGAGCUGUUGAAACACCCGUUCUUCAAGAAAGCCAAAGAUAAGAAGUAUUUGACGCAGACUCUGGUUGCUAUCGGACCUAGUAUGGAGACUAGGGUUCACAAGGCGAGCAAACGCCAGCCCGGUACCUCUGGGCGACUACAUCGCACAGUGACUGGAGAGUGGGUUUGGAGUGAGGAGGAGGAGGAGGGAGCAGCUGAUACAGCGGACUCGGACAGCGAGGAGGGCAGCGACAAGCGGCCCAUGAACGAGCUGCUGCGGGACGACUCCAGUGCCAGCGAUAAUGAGGAGGAACAACACCCACAGAUAGAAAUGAAAGAAUUUCCCGUAUCAAAUGCGCCAACUGUACCUCAAACUAUCAAUUUAGUUUUAAGACUUAGGAACGCGCGUCGCGAACUCAACGACAUACGCUUCGAGUACAUAACCGGCCGCGACACGAGCGAGGGCAUCGCCGCGGAGCUGGUGGGCGCGGGGCUGGUGGGCGCGGCCGACGCGGCGCCCAUCGCGACCAACCUCGCGCGCCUGCUGCUGCGCCCCGCCGCCAAGACGGUCACCUUCCACCUGAACUCAAUCCCACCGAACGAGCAGUUCGACGAGAAGUCACUAGUAGGGUUCGCCCAAAUAUCAAUUAUAUCAGAGUAAUGCGGUCCGAUACGUUGGUGCUCUGCCGUAUUCUAGUUUAUUAUUAAAGUGAAACUUUUAUUACAUCGUCUCAAACUUUUUGGUCUGUGUAGCGCAUGUCGCGUGACGCACGAUACGUACGAUAAUUAUCGUACA